AUGAUAAUCUAUCUAUCUGAGUCUGGUCAUAUCUAUCUAUCUAUCUAUCUAUCUAUCUAUCUAUCUAUCUAUCUAUCUCAGUAUGGUCAUUAUCUAUCUAUCUAUCUCAGUCUGGUCAUUAUCUAUCUAUCUAUUUAUCUAUCUAUCUCAGUCUUGUCAUUAUUCAUAUUCAUCUAUCUAUCUAUCUAUUCAUUCAUUCAUCUAUCUAUCUAUCUAUCUAUCCAUCUCAGUCUUGUCAUUAUAUCUAUCAUUCAUUCAUUCAUCUAUCUAUCUAUCUAUUCAUCUAUCUAUCUAUCUAUCUAUCUAUCCAUCUAUCUCAGUCUUGUCAUUAUCUAUCUAUCUAUCUAUAUCUAUCUAUCUCAGUCUUGUCAUUAUCUAUCUAUCUAUCUAUCUAUCUAUCUAUCUAUCUAUCUAUCUAUAUCUAUCUAUCUCAGUCUGUCAGUAUCCAUCCAUCCAUCUAUCUAUCUAUCAUAUCAUCCAUCUAUCUAUCUAUCCAUCUAUCCAUCUCAGUCUUGUCAUUAUUCAUCUUUCUAUCUCAGUCUUGUCAUUAUUCAUCUAUCUAUCUAUCUCAGUCUUGUCAUUAUCUAUCUAUCUAUCCAUCUAUCCAUCUAUCUAUCCAUCUAUCUAUUCAUCUAUCUAUCUCAGUCUUGUCAUUAUCUAUCCAUCUAUCUAUCUAUCUAUCUAUCUAUCUAUCUAUCUAUCUAUCUAUCUAUCUAUCUCAGUCUUGUCAUUAUCUAUCCAUAUCUAUCUAUCUAUCUAUCUAUCUAUCUCAGUCUUGUCAUUAUUAUCAUUCAUCUAUCUAUCUAUCUAUCUAUCUAUCUAUCUAUCUAUCUAUCUAUCUAUCUAUCUCAGUCUUGUCAUUAUCUAUCUAUAUCAUUCUAUCUAUCUAUCUAUCUCAGUCUUGUCAUUUAUCUAUCUAUCUAUCCAUCUAUCUAUCUAUCUAUCUAUCUAUCUAUCUAUCUCAGUCUUGUCAUUAUUCAUUCAUCUAUCUAUCUAUCUAUCUAUCUAUCUAUCUAUCUAUCUCAGUCUCUUCAUGUCUAUUUUUCCCUGCUUCUUUGUCCUCUUUAUUCUUUUUCUAUAUUUGUCAUUUUCGUUUUUGGUUCUUCACCAACAGUUUAA